GUUCAUGAUAACAAUUUUGUAUAUUAAGUAAUCCAUGAUAGUUUAUUAUUGAGUUUCUAUUGAUGUCAGAGGUGUUGUUAGCCGACCUUUUGAUUUCAGAUCAACUUGCAAUAAAUUUGUGAAAUAUAAAUCACCACAAUGAAGAAUCUUUUACUUCACAGGAGGUUUUUCUUAUUUUGACAUCAACGUUUAGUAAAUUGUAAAACUAUGAAACUCCUUAAAAAUCUCCUAGGAUCUCACUGUAGGUUUUAACUCUUAACUAAGAAGGUAAAUGAAUCUAUUGAUAUUUUUUUGAUAAAAUUAGAAUCUAUAGAUAGUUUUUGCUUUUUUCUAUAUAUAAAUGCGUGGAUGAUGUGUCUUUUGGUCAUGGACCUAAACGGACAUCUUAUGCUUUCAAGAAAAAAGAGCUGGUCCAAAAUUAAAGCCUACUCGGUAAUGAGCUUGUGCUGAGCUAGAAGUGAGUUUGUUACGGUGGGACCCGCGUGUAACAAACUUCAUCAUCUUCCUUAUUAAAGCUUGUAGAGGUUUUACACAGAAAUUAUCCAAUUACAGAGGAAGAAAUCUAGAGAGAGUGAUUACACAGAGGAAGGAGAAAAAAGAAGAUCGAGAUAGAGAGAUCAACGUGAGAUCGUAGCUCUUGAGAUUACAGUGCAUUCUCCGGUUCACGGUUGCGACUUGCGAGUCUUCGUCGUCGGAAGGCUCACAGGCUAACAGCGAGUCAUCCUCAUCGCAAUCGCUGUGGUAAUCCUUUCCGGUGUAUGACUUGUAUAUGUUCUUGUAGUACCUGAGGAAGGAAGAACAAAGCGAUAUCAAGUUAGAUAUCACCACUAUUGUAUCACAUCGAUCUAGUGGAAAUCAUGAGAGUUUAGUUCUCUUUCCAGUCAGUAGGAAACGAAGACUAGGUAAACAAUUCUCGUGUGUUCUUAAUUAUUGCUUUAGAUCGAACUCAAACGAAAUCAAAUCAAGCGCAAAUCGAUUGAACUAGAACAGUUGGAAUUGAUCGAAAUUGAAUCUCGGUUCUCAAGAUUAUAUAAUGUUAUUAUUAGAAUAAGACUGUAUUUAUACGAAGGUUCUAUAUAUAGAAAUCAGUCAGUAUUUUGAAAAUGCUAGAGGCAAGACAUUCUAAAUAAAGAUAGCAAUUAUUAGCAAAAAUGGCUACCUUCUUUUUAUUUUAUUAAUUAUGGUGUUCUUUCUUUUUCUUCUAUUAAUAGAUGCCUAUUAAAACCUAACCCAUAGUGGUCGGGACUCAGGAGGACCAUAGAUGCUACUGUAAAUUCAGGUUAUAGCCUAAUACAAUUUCUACUACUAUUAUAUAAAUUAAAGUAUGAUUACUAAACGUGUUAGUGGCAAAAAAGAAAUAAGACAACGAAAAUGAUCAUAGACAUCAAAUAAAUUAUUCACCGGUAGGUUCAGUUUUGUCAAUCGACGGUUUUACUCAGCAUAGAUGUUACUUUAGAUGCAUGGAAAUUCGAAUGGUGGUAUACUGGUAUGCAUAUACGUUGCCCAAAAAGAUGGUACGGCGGGUAUGUAAAGUGUGGACAUAUGAUUGGAUAUCUUGUAGAAAACCUUUUUAAUUAUAUACAUUUUAAAAAUUAUUUUUCAUAAAUAUGUUGUGAAAGAUUAUUUUUACCAACAUUAAUUCAAAUACUACUUUGCAUAUAAAAAUUAUUUGAGGAUUAGUUCUUUAAAAUUAAAAUCGUAAGAACAAAUUUAUUGGUAUUUGGUAUGCUAUCAAGAAAACUUGUUAGGUUUGAUAAUUUGUUUUUAUUUUGAUAGGUGCGAUGUAUUUAUAACUUAUUAAGUUUUUCAUGUUCACUAAUAAUGAUUUUUACAUGAUCUCUAGAUCAAUAUUAUAACUUAUAAGCAAUGUUUGAUAUAGAGGGACACUAUUAUCGUAUUGGGUAAGGUGAUCUGAAGCCAAAUAAAGCUUCAAAGGAUUAUUUAAUAAACCGAAACUAUAUUUCUAUCAAAACCUUACAUAAUUAUUGGAGAUAUCUUUACACAUUAAUAUAUUUGUAUAGUGGUGCAAAUGAUUGGAUUCAUGAACAAAGAGCUGACAAUCCAAAUGAUUAAGAAACCGGGAGAAGAUUCCUUUUAUUUCAUCCUUGCAUGCCUUUAUGACCAACCAGCACAUCUAAACGGAGCCCUAAGCCCUUUUUAAUCAAAUAUUAUUAGUUUUUCAACGGUUAGUUUGAUCGUUAAUCUCCAGCUUUUAUUUUAUUUUUUGAAACCCUGGUAUCGAGUACUUUUCUAUUCUAAAUUUUAAUAUAAAAUUGAUUGGUCAAUUUACAAAAUGUGGAAUCUUUAUAUAUAAUGUGUAUGUGUGUGUGUUAAAAGCGUCAUUUUGCUAAUUUUUCUAUUUCGAUUAGUAUCUACUCCCUCCGUUCCUAAAAGAUUCAUGUUAUAGUUUUUUCAGACUUAUUAAGAAAAUAUUUAAAAUUGUAUUUUUCAAUACAUUGUUUUUUUUAAUUAACUAUUCCCAAUAACUUUUAACCAAUGAGAUUUUAUUAAACACAAUUGUAUUUUCUGAAAAAUAUAAUUUUUCAUUAAUUAAUAUCUUGAAAAUGUAAAAAAUGUAUAUUUUUGAAACAAAUUUUUUUAAAAAAAAAUAGAUCUAUAAGGAACAGAGGGAGUAUAACAUUUGAAGUCUUAGAAAAUUUAUUUUGUUAUGUAGGUAUUGAAGAUAUAACCUCUGAACAUAGUCUUCUUGUUUUUGCAUCAUUUUCUUAAAUAAUGAAUGGCCAGAUAAAUUUGUAGUUUUGUAUAUGCACAGUAUUUGUUGAAAAUUCACAAAUCAUGUAAUAAUUCGGUAUCAUGGGUUACCCUACCCAUCUGAACUUAAAGCCAUUGAAUGGAUAGCAAAUUACAUUACUAUAUGUGUAUAUUACAUGAGUGCUUGAAUCUCCAUGUACUCUAAUAGAUUAGAGCAUUUCCGCAUUUCCAAUGUACAUAUCUAUUUUAGAGGAAAUUUAGAAGAAUUCUACUUUUUGUUUUCAUUAGAAUAAAUCUAGUUUUAUAAUCUGAAUUUUUUAUUUUAGAAAAAGAUAUAUAGAUGAAAAUAGAAACGGGUUGGAGAUGAUUUUAAAGCCGCAAACCAAAUCAGAGGUCAAAAGUGGAUCACCAUCAUCAUGAUCUAAGGAAUCUAAGUAAUUAUAGCUGAUUAGUGUUUUCAUGCCUUGCCGAUAAACUAAAUUAAUAUGUAUAUAUAUGCAUACAAAUGAGUUUUAUAUGGACUUAAUGGUCUUUGCUGGUGAAGUUUACUUGUCUCCGCUUCUAACCCAAAACAAUAAUACUAUCAUGACGACUAACAUAUAUACAACUAUUAGUUAAAUGCCUCUAAUUCUUAUUUUGUAAUUCAUAUAUCCCUUUAUAAUACAAAAGAUAUAACCAACUUGAUAAAGUCAAAGCGAUGUUUUGUACUUUGCAGUUUUGUACUACUAACACUAUCUCUAUAUAUAUAUAUAUGUGUGUGUACGCUCCAGAUGUCUUGAUUAAAGAGAGAAGAAAAAGAACAGGGAGAGAGAUGAAGAGAAAGAGAUACGAAAUGGAGAAGAAGAAGACAGAGCUUCAAACCACCAUAGAAGAGCUAUCUCUCAUCACAAUAACUAAACCUGUAGAUGACACUGAAAUCACACAUAUACCCUUGAGGCCUCUUCUCUCCUUCUGCAACUUAAUCAUCCAAGUUCUUGAUAAGAUAGGACCGACAAUGGCUGUUCUAAGACAAGACAUCGAUCAAAAUAUUCAGAGAUUAGAGAAGCUUUGUGAAACAGAUCCUUGUGUUUACUCCAAUUUGGUUGAGAUUCUGAAGAAAGAAAGGAACGAGGGGACAUACAAGAUGGUUGCUAGUUGCAGUAGAGCCCUUCUUUGGCUCACUAGGACAAUGGAUUUUUCUGUGGGUUUGUUAAGAUUGUUGUCCAAAGAGAUGUCGUCAAAAAUGGAAGAACUUGUAGAAGAAUGCUACAUCGCGACUUUAAAACCACACCAUGGAUGGAUCGCGGCUGCUGCUUUCAAAGUGUGCUUGAAGCUAGUGCCUGACAAUAACACUUUCAUGGACGCUAUCGGUGCAAAAGACCAGAGCUAUGAGACUCUUAGAGAAGAUAUUGAUACAUUAAGCUCAUUGUUGACACCUAUUCUCAAAGAAAUUUCCAUUCUUCUGGUAACAAUCAUCACAGAUUUAUCUUUAUUAUAUACAACUAAAGUCUUCUUUACGUUUAAGUUCUCUAGGUUGACAUAUAUUGAUCUUUGUGCAUGAUGCUUCAUUCUCUCUUUCAGGAACAAUUCGGGUUGAACAGAUUAAAAUCGAUGUAAAAGAUGGAUUCAGAAGUGAUCUAAUCAUUAAUUAAUGUUUUUUGACAUUUUGUUAAAGUGAUGAUUUAUAUUUUAACAAAAAUGUCUAUCUUUGUAUGUAUAUAUCAGUUGUUAUAUACAGUGUGUUAAUUUAACAAUCCGAACUAAAUGAUUUCGCCGUUCA